AUGUGUUCCACAUCAGAUGUGUUCAUGGGUGAUAUGGGGCACCAUCAGCCAAUUCGUUGCAGGGUAUCCGAAUUCUUAGACAAAGAAUUUCAGCAGAGAUGGCAGGAACAUGGAAUGUACACCUACCUCGCACAGGCUCCUUUGGACGAUGAUGGUCUGGACACUCUUCGUGCUGAUAUCAAAGUCCCCAGCUUGCUUGGUCAAGUCGAAAUCGUCUCAACAAACAUCUGGAUGAGCGCCAGCUGCACAAGGGCCAGCCCCCAUUAUGACCCAUACCACAACCUGCUGUGCGUCGUUUGUGGCACGAAGGUGGUGAAGCUGUGCAGCCCCAUGCUGACCCAGGCAUUCUACCCAAGGGCGGUGUGGGGGGAAUCAGCCAACCACAGCUCAGUGGACUUUGCGGCACCGAGCUUGAAAGACCACCCAGAAUACAGGCACGUGCUGGACAAUGAACUGAAAGCCGAAUUGAAGGCUGGCGACGCCCUGUUCAUACCAGAGGGAUGGUGGCAUCAGGUGGACAGCACAGAAAUGACGGUUGCCAUAAAUUUUUGGUGGCAUUCCGCUUUCGGAAAGUCCAUCGGAACCCACAUGGAUGCAUACUACGUGAGGCAGGCGUUCCAAAGCUUGGUGAGAUCGCAAACGGACAAAGUGGUUGCAAGCAUCAAGCCCGUGGACCUGGAAGCUGCUCAGGAAGCCGAGGACCCGCACCCUGCGGCCAAAUCCGGCCUCGCUCACACUCGCCGCAUGGCAGAAUCCGACCAAGGCACUUGCUCAGUCGCAAGCAAGUCAAAACUUGACGAUGAUGGUGCAGAUGACAGGAACAGGUGCGCAAGUCCACGUGGCGGCGCAAGGGAAGAGGAAGCCAGGUGUACUGCUGGCGAGACGCUUUCGAUCGAAGUGCCAGAAUGUGCUGAACAUGAGAAAUCGGGACCGGGACUCUCGGCCGGCACAUCUGACAACGGAAACGGCCCAGCCGGUCCUCCCACCGAAACAAGAGCCAGAAAGAAGGCUCGCAAACGUGGGCGGGAAGAAAUUUCUCAGGAUUCUUCCGUCAGCCGGGGCUUAUCUGCAAGCCCCACCGCGGCGUGUCUGCCUGGCCGCGAACGGCGAGCCCUGUCGCUCUUUGUGGAUCACAUUGGCGCCAUGGUGCUGCCAGAACAUGGAGACGUCUGUGGUGGCAGCGAUGCUGUCUGCAGCGAGGAGUGCACCGCGGGGGACCAUCAGGAGCCGUCAACUUCAGUGCACGGGGGCACGCAGUCCGAGCAGGGAACCUCGAUGUCUGGGAGCCCCAGCGGGCCAGCGUCAGCUUCUCAGACUGACUCUGAAAUGCAUGCACGUGCUGAUGCCAUGGGACUGGAUGGGCUGCCUGCCCGCCUGCUGGCCAGCCUCGGCAGCACUGGAAUGCUGCGUGUCCUUUACGCGAUGGCGACUGACUACCCCAAGCUGCUGGAUUUGUUCCUUGUGGAGCUGAUGUCGCCAGCGUUUGCGUACCUUCUCACGAAGCAGCUGGAGAGUGUCCAUGGGAGCGGGGGCGUGACAGGAGACGAACACUGCAGCGAACAACAGGGAGGGGAGCAGGGAGUUGGCGUGCCAAGUUUAGAGGAAUUCUAUGCCAGGUUUUAUGGGGCCGUCGCAGAUCGAGAACAGGUGCUGAAACGAUUGGUGUAUGGAAGAGAGAGUCUUGCCAGGUCAGUUGUGGACGAACUUGCCUCUGGCACUUUGGGUGUCAAUGUGGUCGCGGGCAGUGGGGAAUGA